AUGCAAAAACCAUUCAACUUCAAACUGCUGGUGCCCCCAAGAGCUCAUUUGAAUCAAAUUUCCGCAGUGAAGCCUCAGGAAACAGGCUUGUUUGAAGAAAACUCUGGUUUUUCUCCUUCAAACCAGCGUUAUAACAAGUGUUCAGAUAUGGAGACAAGCCUGCCGAUUCCAUCUAAAAUGGUGCUUCCUACGAAGACAUCAAGAACUGAUGGGAUGAAGAAGGCUGCAGUCAUGCCAAUGGAAAAGGAGGAGACAUCAUUAACAUCCAGCCAGCUGUACUCCAGAUUGCUUGAUGAAGCUGAGAAAAUCAAAAUGUGGAAGUUCAAAAUAGAUUCUGAGAUUUCACAAAAAGACAGAAAGCUUCAGGAGAACAGAAAAACCAUCGAGACGCAGCGCAAAGCUAUUCAAGAGCUUCAGUUUGCAAAUGAAAGUCUGAGCAUGAAAUUAGAGGAUCAACUGAAUGAAAAUGAAGACCUUAGAAAUAAAAGCAAUGCAACCAGAAAUUUGUGCAACAUACUAAAGGACACAUUUGAGAGAUCUGCUGAGAAAAUUAAUCUGUUUGAGGCUGAACGGGAAGAAACUCAUGAUCUGUUCAUACAGAACAGUGAGAAUAUUCGGAGGAUGGUGGUAGCAUUUGAAAGUCUUCGGAAGCAGGCAGAGUCUGAUCAGCAGGAUAUGUUGAAAUUAAGAGAAUGCCUUACACAGUUUGAGGAUCUUAAAGUGAAGUUGGAGAGUGAAUGCCUUGUGAAGGAGAACGAGGUUGCUAUGCUUCAAGAAAAACUCCAAGAAAAAGAAAACAAUCUCAAAGAUGUUUCACUGAAACUCAAAGAGGCACAGCAAAGCUGCAGUGUAAUAGAGGAGUCAGAAAGGAAGCAUCAGAAACUACUUCAAAGUGUUACACAGGACCGGGAGGGACUUGAGGAGAAACUCAGGGUGACAGAGCAACUCAAAUGGGAGAUCGAGGAAAACCAGAGAGCCCUAACUUACAAACUGGAGCAAAGCAAAGAGAACCAUGAGAAAGUUCUUCAAGCGAAAGACGAUGAACUACAGGAACUAAACAACAUCAAAGAGCAACAGGCAAACCAACUUUCAGAGAUUCAGCUGACAGUGAAUUCUUUGCAGUCCUCACUAACAUCUGAGAUACAAAGGGCACAAGACCUUGAGACAAAGAUAACCUCGUUGGUGAAUGAACUUAGUGACAAAAACACAGAGUUAGAAGUUAUCAAGGGGCAGAAAGAGAACCAUAGCAAGCAAAUACAGAUACUCAGAGAUGAGCUGGAUGAAAAGACAAACUCACUUUGGUCUAUAAAGGAGGAAUUAAAGACAAAGGAGGGUCAGAUUCUCCAGCUUAUUGCCUCACUUGAAGAGAAAAAAAGUGAAGCAAAUCAUUUGAAGGAUGAAAUAGAGAGUGUCAUCACAGAAAAUAAAAACAUGAAGGAAGCCCUGACAAAAGCUAGACAUGACAAUGAAGAGCUGCAAAAGGAAGUUGUUUUAAAGGCUAAAUUAAAAGAGAUGGAGGAACAAUUGUCAGGAGCUUUGGAGAGCAGCUGUAAAUCAUCAAAAGAGGUAGAAAGAUUGGAGAGAGACAUAAAGCAGCAGAAGGAGAAAUAUGAGGAGCUGAUAUUGAAGUUUAAUGACCUGCAGAUGCAGAAGGACACCAUUCAGCAACAGGUUGAUAGUGGUGCUUUAGAGAAGAAAGUCCUUCAGUCUCAUCUCAUGGAAAGCAAUGCAAAUGCAGAAAGAGAGAAGACAGAAAUAGAGAGACUCGAGAGAGAGAAACAACAACUUCAGGAGCAGGUGGAUAAUUUAUCUGCAAAAAUUGCUGGGCAGGAUGAAGAGAGUAAGAAUGUUCAACAGCAAUUGAAAGAGAGUGGCAAAACUGCAAAGCGGGAACUUCUGACAAAAGACAAACAAAUCAAAGCACUGGAGUCAAAGCUAACAAACAUUAAAACAAAAAUAGAGACCAAAACAAAAGCUCACGAGGAAUGUCUAAAAGAGAUUACUACAUUGAAAGAAGAUUUGGAAGGUAUAAAGAAACAUUACAAGGAGGAGCUUCAGAAAAUAAGCUCUAACCUUGAAGAUAAAUCAACUUCAGAGGAUCAACUCAACCUUGAGGUGCAAAAACUGAAGGAAACAGCCAUGGAGGCACUGAAGAGUAAAGAUGACACAGAAAUCAAAUGCCAGCAGAAGAUAUCAGACAUGGUUGCUUUGAUGGAGAGGCACAAGCAUGAGUAUGACAAAAUGUUAGAAGAAAAAGAUGCGGAGCUAAGUGAGAAACGGAUGAGAGAGGCUGAAGUCAAUGCAAGCAAAGCAUCACUGGAACUGGAGCUGUCCCACCUGCAAGUGGAAAAGGAUGAUCUUAGACAACAACUUGAAAAGCUCAAAGGAGAGAAGGUGGCCUUAAGGACACCAGUUUCAUCUCUUGAAAAAGACACGCUUCAACAGGUAACUGAAAUCAAACCUAAGAAGGGAAGAAACAAGAUCUCUAAAACUCAGAGAGCUGACACCGCUAAGAAGCCUGUGUAUACACUUUUAAAAGAGGAUGAAAAUGUACCGCCAUCAAGAAAUGCAUCUAACACUCCUGCUGAAACAGUGAAUGAAGACCUGCAUACUCCAUUAUGGAGCAAAACAACUAAAACAACACCUCAAAUAAAGUCAUUCAGAAUUCGCACACCACCCUCACCUAAGAUUGCGUGGUCUUGGAAGGAAAACAUUCUGAAGCUGGAUCCAAAAUCAGACAACUCAGACAGCAAUGACAUACUGAGUUUCUCUCCAAGACCUAUUAAAUCAAAGAAACCUAUGCAACCAAAAGACCAAGACACAGGGAGUUUGGACAUGUUCAAGAAGUCGUGUGCAAAUUAUGUACAGGUGCAGAGUUCUUUUCCAUGUAAGUCUCCAGGAACAGUGCUGAAACUGGCUGCAAUAAAGAGAAUGCGAGAUGCUGGAUGGACCACUGUUAGCAAUUCAGAUAAGAAGAAAAAAAAAGCAACAGACAAAAUCUUUGCUUAAAAGUGUUUGCAUCAAAAAUGUGUGAUUAUCCUUUUAGAAAACUAGAGUACACAUACUCUUAAUACAAUAGCUUCUGAUUGCUUACAAUUUAUAUUGGUGUUUGAAUAAGCAGAAGUAUUUAUAUUAUUUAUUCUAAUCUCUCAGUACACAGUUUCUCUUCAUAGUAUGUUUGGUUAAAAUACAGUACCUUAAAAUGUUUAUCAAAAGAUUCUGGUUCCUGAUACAGUUGUUGUUUGUUUCAGUUGUGUGUUUAACAAAUAUUUGUAUUUAUAUUUGUGUUUUUCUGUUAUCUUCACUAAUUUUAUUAGUUCAAAAUUUCAGUUUCAAAGUUCAAAAGAUGUAACUAUUUAAAAACUUUUUCCAUAGAAGCUUCAAGUAAAAGUAAAAU